AUGAGUGCCUUCUUCACCGAAGCCGCUGUCAUCGCUUUCGCAAUUGGAGGCGCUAUUAUUGUCAUCGCGGACCUCGCCUCGCCUGACAAGUCGUGUCCAUCUGAAAAGUACUAUACGGAGAUGUGGAACUCGACUGGACCGAUCGCCUCGAUGACUACAUACCUCGAUGUCUGCUCCAUGUAUGCGGACUCAGGUGGGGGCAUCGCCUCAGGACAAUCGACUGCAUCUUUGCCGGGGCUGGGGUUUGUUUCUGCAAACUCUCUUGGUACAAUCGUCCGAGCAGGCCCAGAACUGACCACCAGCGCAAGCAGACCUGCCACCGCACUCUCAGGCGCUAUCGUUGUCAGUUCCAUUGCCGAUACGCUACCACGAGUCACUGCAAUCCCAGGCGCUGUUGUCAGCUCCAUUGCUGAUCUGCGGUUCAAGGCUCUAGAGGAUGGGAGCGACACUAUCUAUAUCCCAUCAACUGGUACUGCGCCAGUCUCGCCAAAGCCAAAUCCCAGUGCUCCGCAAAGGUGGAAGCAUAUCGCGCCUAGACAAGCAACUACCAUUCCUCUGGCUGCGACACCGACGCCACAGCCAAAUCUCUGUACGCCAGAAUCCGCAUCGAUAGCGCCGCCAUCUCCAUCGCUUCGCUUCCCAAUUCAGAACACAACCAUACCUGCGAACAUCACUGUGCCGGAUCUUCCACCAUGGAUCACAUUCGAAAAUCAAACGGUGAACAUUACAGAAUUCCUCUCAAAGCCUCUCCAGGACGAGAACAAUUGCAGCAAAUACAGGACGCCAUGGGAUGGCCAGAUGGGUCCUUCCCAGGAGCAGGAUUUCGAUGGCGAUUUCGAUUUCGAUGGCGAUGGCGAUGAGGAUGGCGAUGGCGAUGGCGAUGGCGAUGGCGAUGGCGAUGGCGAUGGCGAUGGCGAUGGCGAUGAGGAAGAUUGGGAGGGUGAUGAGGCGGGUAAUAAUGAGGGCAGCUCGGAAUGA